AUGGCCACAGCCAUCGUCGAACAAGUUUUGCACCAGGAAGUGCAAAUCAAAGUUCUGUCAUGGCAAGAACACUUAGCAUACAACCACCUGCCGUACCGACGUGACUGCAGGGUGUGUCAAGAGUCCCUGCAGCAGGCAGAUCUCCAUCGGCGGGUUCGCAACCCGAUGGGCGGUAUCCUCAGCAUCGAUGUUGCUGGUCCAAUGAAGCCAGCAUAUGAUCAAGGAGGAGGACAAGCACGGUGGAUCUUGGUGGGGGCAUUGUCAUGGAGAGUCCCACGGGGAUCCACAAAGAUGAAACAGCCAACAGAAGAAGCAUUAGAAGCAGAUGCUCCAGAGAUCGAAGAAGGCCAGGCAGAAGAAGAAGACCAGGCAGAAGAAGAUGGCCAAGAAGAAGAAAGUGAAAGGCAGCAGCAAGGGGAGGUUGGCGGAGGCGUAAGUCGGGAUGGAGGAGACCCCGGCAAUCGCCCGCCCGGCGGUGACGGACGUCAGGGUGGAGGAGACCCUGGCAAUCGCCCGCCCCCAGGUCGAGGAGUAAGUCGGGGUGGAGGAGACCCCGGCAAUCGCCUCCCUGGUGAAGGAGCACGUGAGGGUGAAGAAGACCCGGCACAGCUCCCUCCCAACAUAGAAGAAGAAACUGAGCUGCGUGUCUUUCGAAUGGCCCUGCCGAUGGUGACGAAGACAGCCAAAGAGGUCACCCGAACCACCAUGGAAUUCCUGCUUAGGCUCAGAGCAGAUGGGUAUCAAGUGCACAGAAUCCACUGCGACAGAGGCCACGAGUUCGCAGGUGAGUUCAAAAGAUGGGCCAAUGCGCGGGGAAUUCACAUAACCCGCACACCGGGUGAUGAUCCGCGAGGAAACGGAAGGGCCGAGGUUGCAGUGAAGGCGAUCAAAACCCAGAUCAGAAGAACUUUGAGCCAGGCCUGCGAAGACUCCAAAUGGUGGCCAUGGGCGUGCCGCUAUGUGACAGAAAUCAACCGAUGUGUGAGGUUGGAUGAGAAGCCGGAAUGGCCAAGGUUUCUGAAGGAAGUUCGAGUGAAGAAGAGAAGAUGGAAGAGAGGAGACUUCGAAGUUGGAGUCGAGAAAGUUCAGUACCUAUGUCCAUCGACAGAGGACCAUGGACAUUGGGUAUACAAAGAGGGCGAAGCACCAAGGGUGACAAAAUGCCUGAUGAGGCCAACAGAAGAACCCCUGGACGAGAGUGUCUGGGUUGCCAUCGAGAAAGAGAUGGUAGACGCACUGGUGCUUCGAAGAAGAUUGAGGCAGAAGACAUCAGUGAGGAGGUUGGAUGCUUCGAUGAAGGCACCCAAAGAGGAAGAUGAUCAAAGGAAGAAGAUCCGAGAUCGGAUCAUGAAAGUGGUAGAAGAAGAGGCUCGGCAGAUCAUAGAGGAUGAUCCUGAGCUGGCAUCUGAGGAGCUCAAGAUUGUGGCAAAAUUGAAGAAGAUGGCAGAAGGAAUUGAAAUGGAGGAAGAAGAAGUACUCCAAACGAAGAUAGUGGGACCGAGAGAGGUCGCCGCUAAAUGGAAGGAUUGGCUUCCGGCCAUUGAAGCAGAAGUACACUCCUUGGUGGUAGAAAAGGAGGCCUUGAAGAUGCUGUCAAAGGAGGACUUCAAGGAGUUGAAAGAAGCAACAGAGAGAGCAGGCACCAAGCUGGAAACAGUUCCUUCAAAGAUGGUGUUCACCGUCAAGCCUGGACCUGAUGGUGGAAGACCCAAGGCAAGAUGGGUCGCAUGCGGGAACUAUGAGUCCAAAAAGGAUGAUGAGAACAACUACUCAAGUGGCGCAGAUGCCACAGCGUUCAGAGUCUUGGUUUGGAAGUCAGCGAAGGAGCAGUGGGUGGGUGUGGUGAUUGAUGUGAAGACAGCAUUCCUGAAUGCAGCGAUGGAUCAGAAAGGAGACGAAGGAAUCCUUCUGAUCAAACCACCAACCAUCCUGGUGGAAAAGCAGUUUAUGACCAAAGAGGCUCUUUUCUUGCCACUCCGUGCUGUAUAUGGCUUCCGAAGAUCUCCAAGACUUUGGGGAGAUCACAGAGAUAGCGUCAUGAAGACCAUCAAGAUCCAGUUCGUCAGCUCUGGUCAAGCCGUGGAGCUAGUCUUGGAGCCCCUGGAGUCAGAACCCAACUUGUGGAAGGUAGUCAAGGCCGAGGGGGAGAAACAACGAGAGCUGGAAGAAGAGUUUCAACUGUAUGGCAUGGUCAUGACGUACGUGGAUGACAUUUUCAUCUCUGGCUGUCAACCAGUUGUGGAGGCGCUCCUGAAAGAGUUUCAAAGCAUCUGGGCCACUUCGAAGCCAGAGUGGGUUUCGUCAUCACCGGUGCGUUUCCUGGGCAUGGAAGUGACCAAGGAGGUGGACCCUGAGACACAACGAGAAGUAUGGCUCAUAACACAGGAGUCAUACAUCAAAGAUCUCGUGAGCCGUCAAGAAGAAGAAGUCAAAGAGAAGAAGAUUCCAAUAUCACGAGAUCAAGCAGCCAUGGAGGUUGAUGAGGAGCCUCCCAGCAUAGAGAGGGUCAGAAAGUGUCAGAAAGCGGUAGGAGAAGUGCUCUGGUUAGUCACUAGAACCAGACCGGACAUAAUGUUUUCAGUAGCCCGCAUGGGUGCGAACGUCACUCGCGCCACCAGGAAAGUGAUGGAAGCAGCUUCACAACUCUGGGGCUUUCUGAAAAAGACAAGUGCAGAAGGCUUGAGGUAUGAGGAAGAGACAGAAGAAGAACCGGUUGUCCAGGUGUAUACCGACGCGUCCUUCGCGCCGGAAGGUGAAGAGUCACACGGCUCUUACCUGGUCAUGGUCAAUCGAUGUCCGUUGUUCUGGCGAUCUGGUCGUCAGGCAUCAGUGACGCUCUCAACUGGCGAGGCAGAGCUGAAUGAGCUGGUGGAGGGACUCAAUGCAGGAGAAUCAGUAGCAGUGCUGAUAGAAGAAAUCCAAGCUGGUGUCAGAAAAAUGGCUUGGACUGACAGCUCAACAGCAGUGAGCAUCCUCACCAGUGAAGGAGGCUCUUGGAGAACGAGACAUCUCCGUUUGCGCUCCUCCUACGCCAGACAGGCGAUCUUGGGAGGAGAAUGGGGUCUCAACCACUUGCCAGGAGAAAAGAUGAUCGCAGACAUCGGCACCAAAGCAUUGACUUCUACAAGAAUUGAAACACUCAAGUCAAUGAUGGGCAUGGGGAAGAAAAGAAAAGAGGAGGAAGUAGGAAAAGAAGCGAACCUGCCAGCAGAGAAGCAGGUUGCAUCAACUGAGCAGGCGAUUGCAGCUGUUCGCCUGAUCACUCUGGUCGCCAUGAUGUCCGUGGCCAAGGGUGAAAAACAAGAGGAGGAAGAUAUGGAAAGUUUCAAUGCGUUUCACUGGAUGGUCGCGGCGUAUACCAUGAUGGUCAUCGUCGCCACCGUCACUGUUCAGGCUGUUUGGAAGGUCGCAGUAAGGAUGAGACAGGGAGAGACCGAAGAGCCUCAAUCCGGGAAGUCCCGAAGUCGCCCCAACAGCCAAGGAAAAGAUUGCGCGACGCUGCUGGACAGGGGGAUCAUUCCAGGUGAUGCGGUUGAGGGUAGAGGAGACCCAAACCAGCUCCCUGAAGCAGGUGAGGCGGCUAAGGAGAGCCAGCCCCCUGAGGCAUGUGUGGCAGUUCCGGGUGGAGGAGACCCAGGACGGGCCCGUGCCGGCCAUGGUGGCCCUUCGGGUGCGGCAUCAUCAGGCCAAACCCUUGAUUCCCUGAUCCAGCAGCAGAUCGCAGAUGAUGAACGUUGGGAAAGAGAAUGGAGAGAGCUAGAAAGAGAUGAAGCUAUGAUUCAAAGAGAGCUGAAUACACCAGGGAGCGCACUGUGGACAGAAGAUGAUCCACCUGAACCAGCGACUGACUUUGAUGUCUACUAUACACAGUAUGGAGCUGUGUACCAUCAAGAUCGAGCAUGUGGCCACCUGAAAGGGCCCAAGGUUGGACAGGUGUUUGAAGGAAGAUGGUGUCGAACGCGUGAAGCGAGCGACGAUCGAAGCCGCUCAAAGCUCAGGGUCUACACCGAAACGGAGCAGGACGAGAUUGGUAUAGCGACGCUUUUGGGCGAGUAUACCGAACAGGGUGUGAACCAUGGGCAUCCGACGUAUCAGAAGGUGUUGGAGAACCAUGAUGAGGUGAAUGUCUUCGUGUACUUCUGGGACACACGGGAUGGGUCAGAGUUCUCUGGCUGGUGGUUCGGUGACUCCGUCGGAGGUCAACAAGUUUGGUCCCGAUCCGUUGAGACGGGGAAAGGGAAGGUUCCUCCAAGUCGCGGUUGGCGAGUCCCCUGGGACGCCGAGUGUGUAGAUGGUUUGUUGAUCGUGGAAGUAAUUGACAACUUGGCGCAGCCCGUUUCCAAUGGCCCGACACCUCCCAGUAGUAAGCCGCCACACCCCGCGGGCGCCCCGGAGCGCGCCCCGGUGCCACAGCCCAGCACCGGUCCUGGUGCUGCUGGUGGUCCCACGGGUCCCACGCCGCAGCCGUUGAUCAAACCCAAAGUGCAGCAACCUGAUGACAAUCAGAUGCUGAUGGCGGAGCGCAUCAAAUUGGCCACUGAUCGCGUCACUGCCGCAGAAACGGAGGUGGAGCAGGUGAUCGCAAGCUCCAAACGCACCAUGGAAUCGAAGGAGGUGGACGAAAGUAGCAUCUUAGAGGUCGAUACGGUGCUGCGUGCACAGCUGGAAACGGUCCAAAGCGAGCAGAAACAACUGGCCAAGGAGUUGACGGAGUCCCGUGCGGCGCGUUGCAGUUCGACCUCGCUGGGUGAACUGGCGCGGCUCAUGCCUAGACUCAGAGGAGCCCUCAGCAAGGUGGAAGCAGAGCUGGCAAAGGUCAAGAACACCCUGCAGAAGGUGCGCGCAGAAGCGGCACUCGCGAAGCAAAAGGCCGAAGCACUGGAAUCGGCGGCGGAGGCGGAACAGCGGGACGCCCGAGCCUUGCAAGCCGCGCUACCAGAGGCCAUGGAAGUUGUGACUGGAGCCGAAGAUGCCGUGGAGACUGUGGCGAUUUUGGCGGCCGCCAUGAGUGCAGAUGAUGAUGUGGAUACCAGCGAAGCACACCAGGUGCAAGCCAUCCAAGAUAUCGAGACGUCGGCGUCUAAAGCCUCCAACGACUUGAUGGAGGCUCGGAAGUUAGUGUCCAACCGGGUGAGAGAUUGCAAGAAAUAUGCUCCAGAAGCCAGGAAGGUUGCGACCCAGGAGUUCGAGGCCAUGGAGAAACGCUUGGCCGAAGCCACCAAGAGGCUGGCGCCCCUCAGGAAGUUCCGCCAGGAGUUUGAGCAGAAAAUCGCAGCCAAGAAGGCUCUUCAAGAGAUCCAAAACAAGCUCAACAGUGCGGAGUUGGAGAUUGAAAAGGCCCACAUCAUGACAUCGUCCACUGACACGCAGAUGGAGCAGAUGUCAGAUGCCUUUGCAGCAUCAGUUGAUAUGCAUCUGUCAGAUUGGGAUAGUCAAAUCGACUUUGCUCUCAACGAAUCUCUGAAUUGUUCGGAUUUUCUGGAGUAUGUCUACCUCUCCAGAGAUCGGAUUCGAGCACAGUUGGACUACGUCCGGGGCAACUUCAGCGCGGAAGACGAAGCCUUCCGCCUGCAGGGUGCCGUCGGUGGCUCUUCGGCCUGGGCCAUGACGCACAUGUCGCAGGCCGCCUCGCUGUUGUCGGCGCACAUCCACAUCCAUGGCAUUUUGUCAGGUGCUCGCCCGGAGUGUUUGAACGAACACCUGCAGCUGCUGUUCCUGAUGAGUCUGCGACGCAUGAAGCAUCUCCUGCACUCGCAGCUGCGACAUCUCUGGUUGGUUUUCCAGGGAACAGCUGAGUUGGUGAGGCAGGGAGCUGGGAAGUGGCUGGCAGAGGUAGUGGACCUCUUUGAAGCCGACAUCCGAACCUACGAAUCCAUCAUGGUCAACUGGCGGUCCAAAGAGGAGAUCGAGGCCAACAGCACGGGCGCGGUGCCGCUGCGGCCGGGCCCACCGCUGCCGCGCUUCGAGGCCUUCGAGGCCGAUGGCUUGGCGUUGAGCACCAUGGAGGUACUGAGACGCGACACCUUCGAGGAGUGGCAGGUUCCCAAGCCCUUACUGCGUGCCUUGCUGCGCUAUGUCCUGCCCCGCGACAGCCUUGUGGCGGACUUCUGCGCCGGCGCGGGGCAGGGCGCGACCUUUCUGAACGACACGGGCUUGGUGAAGGCCUUCGCCUUUGAUGCCUCGACCAACAUCAAGCUGUUGAGCAAAAACGUGGUGGAACCGCUGCGGAUCUACAGCGAAGAGGUGAGGUUAUGGACGAGUUUUGAUGUGACCAUCUGCCUGAAGGACUUUGGGAGCCCAAAACUCUGGACGCAGGUCUGGCAAAACAUCGAGGUCAGCACCAAGCGCAUUGCGGUGCUGAACUGCGGCAAGGAGCCGGCUGAUGAUAUUACUUCCACUUCGCAACUGCUGGGCCCCGCCGAGGAGGAUCUGCAGAAAACCUGGACCUUGAUCCACCAGCGUCAGCCUAUCCAGGAUGCGGCCGCACAGAAGGAGCUGGAGGCCAUGAAGAAGCGCGUGACGGAAGCCCGCGAGAAGUUGAAGAGCAUCCGUGAUGUCCUGAAACGUCAGGAGGAGACGUUGCAGGUGGAUGGCACACUGGCCCAGGUGCAUGAAAAGAUUGAACACGCUGAAGAGGCCUUCCUUGCAACCUCCGAAGCAGAGAUGCCUUUCUUGAAAGGUUUGGAGGUUCUGCCCGUGGAGGAAGGCAUACAGGCCGUGGCCCAGUGUGAGGCGGCCAUCAAAAAGUGCGAAGCGGCGCUGGAAUCUGCGAGGAACUAUAUCAAGAAGGUCGAAGCGGACUCCAAGACGAAGUUCUCCAAAGAGGCGCUUCAGCACCUCAUGGGCGAGCUCACGAAGUGUCGGCAGCGAGGCGAAGACACUGAGAAGAAACUCAUAGCCUUCAGGAAAGAGACGCGGCAAAGAAAGGCUAAGGGAAUGGUCCAAGAAGUCAACGAGAAAGUGGUGGAAGCGGAAAACCAGAGCCAAGCCUUAGCCGAGGUGGUGCAAGUCUUGCACACGGACAACCUGGAUACAGUCACCGUUGAUUCCCUGAAGAUGGCUUUCGAGCAAUCCGUGGCCGCAGAGAAGGAAGCGGUGAAGGCCUACAACGAAGCGCGGAACAUCAUCACAGCGAAGCAGAAGGAGGUGAAAGAACCACCCGUGCUGAGCGAAUUGUCCAAGUUGCAGAAGAAGCUGGCGGCAGCUCAUCAGGAGAUGAUCAAAAGCAGGCAGUUGGCCAAGGGCGGGGAAGCGCUUAUCAAGGGCAAAAAGGUGGUGAACGAUGAGGAGAGGAAAGUUGUAGCCAUGGAGCAAGCAGUGGAGAAGGUAGAGAAGCAGAUGCCCAAAGAGGACCAAGAAGUCAGUAAAGAGGAUCUCUUGGCCAUGGAUGCGCAGAUCAAGUCAGCUAUUGCGGCGGUACACGGCAGCCAACGUUCUCUGGAACAGCAAAGUGCAGGUGCCACGGCCGCCUUGAAAGCGUCCCUGACGAAGCUCAUGAAGCGCGUGACCGAGGCAUCGGCCCGCGUGGAGAAGGCCAAGCAAGCUUCCAAGACGCAGCGGGAAAAGGCCGCGGCAGAGGUCUUUGUGAAGGAGGCGGAGCAGCAGGUAGAGCAGGUAGAAGCUGCGCUGGUGAAGGUGGCCGAGGCUGAGCUGCCUUUCCUGAAAGGCAUUGAGGUGCUGCCCUUAUCAGAGGCUUCCACGGCCAUUGCGGAGUGCGAGAAGGCGGCCAAGCAGGUGCAAGAGGCCUUAGAAAAAGCCAAAGGCUUCGUCAACACCAAAGUCUUAGAAGUUCAAAGGUUUGCGGAGGCUGCAGCAAAGCCAUGUCUGGAAAGACUGAACGGUUUGGUGGAACGCAACAAUGCCGCAGCUAGCAAACUGGCACAAUUCCGCAAGGACACCGAGAGCCACAAACGCACCUCCCAAAUGCAAGAGGCCGAAGAAAUGCUGAAUGCGGCAGAAGCAGAGGUCGAGAAGACCAAGGAGGCCGGAGCGCCCUUGACUGCCGAGGACUUGAGUUCCAUCACCUCGCAAACGGGAACGGAGAUCUGUGAGAAGAUCGCUUCCCUCGAGAAGGCGGCCAAUAAGAAAGUCCAAGAUGCCUUGGUUUUCCUGGCCCAAAGACGUCAGGACGUGAGAGGUACGCCUCAAGAAAAGCAUUUGGAGCAGUUGCAGGCCAGGCUUGGAAAGAUCAAGGCCAGUUUGGGAGAGGCCAAGAAGCAGGCCUCGCAACAGGAGCAGCGUUUCGUCUCGCGGAAGCUACAGACUGAGGGUGCUGAGUUGGUGAACGAGGUGGAGAGCGAGGUGAAGAAGACAGAGGUGGCAGCUGGGCCGCUACUGAAGAGCUCUUCCUUCCUGGUGCGCGGCAACGUGCAACGCCUCAGCGGGAUGGUCCAGGAUGUCAUCGGCAAGGGCACCUCUAAAGACAAGCUCUUCAAACAGGCUUGCGGCGAUGAUGCAGAAAGCGUGGCAUCCGCCACAUUUCAGUCCUUUGUCACUUGGAUGACGGAGAGCCAUGGCGACAGCGAGGGGUUCCUGGAACAAGAAGUUGAGGCCAUGUUCAAACACCUGGAUAAGGACGAGAAGGGCCUUCUCACUGAGAACGACUUCCAGGGCAUCUUCAGCGAUCAGUUCGCCUGUGUGCAACCGGUCUCCAUGACCGAGAACUUCUCCAUCUCCGAUGGCAAGAGCGUGAUCAAACUGGACCUCGGCGUGGCUGUAGAAGCGCUUGGGAUGCCUCAGUACGACGAGCAACAGAAGCUCACGCGCCUGCGCUGCCGUUUGCUGGAGGACCUGACUAAAGAGGGCUGGGUGACGAUGAAGGGCAACCAAGGCAAAGUCUUCCUGGAUCGCCUCUCACCGCAUAGUGCCAACCAGAAAUCCUUCGACAGGAUGAUCUCGGCUUCUUCCAAGGUGGUCAACAAGGCUGCCAGCUUCCUCACCGCUCGACGAAAAGAGCUGACGGAUUGUAGCUCCGGACCCCUAUUGGAGGCACGAGUGAAGAUGGAUGAGUUCAAAGUCAAGGUCUCAUCACUGCAAAGAACUCUGGAGGAGAUCAAGAGGAAGGUGGCGGAUGCGGCCAAGGACUAUGAAAAGUGCGAGGCGGAGCAGCGCAAGGCCCGCGUGGACGCGCGCGAGCAGCGGAUGCUGGAUGCGGUGUCCAAGGAAAUUCAGGCGAAGUUGGUGACCCUGAAAGAAGAGGAGGAGCGCAUCAGCCAGGUGGUGGCACCUCUCACCAAUGGUGCCGAUUUGGAGGUGUUAGAUGCUCCCAUGUCCAUCUUGAAGGAUGGGAAAGAAAUGGCUGAGACUUUGAAAGAACAAUUGGCCACUGCCAGGAAGUCCAUCACCUCACACGAGCUGCCCAAAGGGGUGACUGCAGGCGCUGCCAGCUCGAUGCGGCAAGUGAUCAGCAAAGCCGUGCAGCAGGUGGAUGGCGCCACCAAGACGGUGAAUGGCUUGAUCAAGGCGGUGAGCGCGUCGGCGCUGAAAGUGGCGGAGGCGGUGCUGCGGAAGACACAACUGGCGCUGCGCCAGGAGGUGCUGAAGCGCGAGAGCUCCCUCGAGGCCCUCUUCUCAGAAGUGGCUCAGGGCGCAGACAGUGUGUCUCGCAAGGAGCUCGCGAGGUGGUUGGGCAGCUUAGAGGACCUGAAGCUGAGCUCAGAGCAGGUGGCUCUGAUGCUGGAUCGUUUGGCUGGGAGCGCAGAGGAGGGCAUGGUUUCCCGAUGGACCUUCCUGAGAAAGUUCCAGCAAUUCUACGAGUGCCAGAAGAACAUCGCGCUGACCAAUGAUUUGGUGAUCACCAAUAGCAAACCCAUUCGGAUGCUUCAAGCGGAAGAGGUCAUUGAGGUUCUUCAAGGACCUGAGAGUGAGAAGAAGUCAG